AUGGUCGAAAAUAAGUAUAAAGAAUUUGUAGACAAAGCAGUUCGAAACUUUCAUGAAGCCAUCGAGCGACGCACGAUUUCCAUUAACAAGCGCGGAAAAAUUCGGUUUACAGAUGAAAGUGCAGUAAAUAGAUACACAGAAUUAGAAUUGCAAAUUUCAUGCGAUAAACCUUUGCAACAGCUGCUACAGACAGUAAAGGAGAAUGCUACACUCGAGAAAGAUUUCGUUUCUCGAUUGACGUAUUUCUAUAAUUCUCUGUACCUCUUUCGCGGCACUUCUCGGACAUUGAUUGAAUCCACGAGAAUGUCAUGUUGCGAGAAUGCGUGCGUACGUUCUAAUCGGGGUGUCAAGCAUAUCGGAGCGAAUUCCAAAUGGAAGGUUACGGAAGCUUUCAACAGCACUGCCACGAAGAUACAGGAGCAUUACGCAACUGUAAAAGAAUCCGGCUUUGAGUCUGGGAACAACUGUAUUGAAGACAAGUCUGGAGAGAGUAACGCAACGAUGGUAGUGGAAUUGUAA